AUGUCCGCAAGCAUUUCCACGGCACCCUACGCCGACCCUCCCUGGCUCUCUCGCGAUAUCAGCCCUUACUACAAUGAAGGCCACCGCCGCCUGCAGCGCGAGGCUCGUGAGUACGUGUCUACGCACAUCACGCCGUUCUGCGCCGAAUGGGAGGCUCAAGGUUCCGUGCCGCAGCAAGUCAUCCUCAACCACGCCAGGCUCGGGUACAUGGCUGUCUCGGUGUACCCGCUUGCCGUGCAGCAGAUCAGGACUCUGGGCCAACGACUUCCGGGCGACAUCGACCCGGAGGACUGGGAUGGAUUUCAUGAUCUGAUCGUCAUCGACGAGGUCGCAAGAUGCGGAUAUCUGGGCGUGAUCUGGGCGUUGAGUUGUGGGAACUCGAUCGGUGCGCCGCCCGUCAUCAAUUUCGGGUCCGAUGAGCAGAAGGCGCGCUUUCUGCCGGACAUGCUUGCUGGGCGGUCGCGAUUCUGCUUGGGUGUCACCGAGCCCGAUGCUGGUUCCGAUGUUGCAGGACUAUUGACCACGGCCGAACGGCAAGGAGACAAAUACAUUGUCAAUGGCAGCAAGAAAUGGAUCACGAACGGCAUCUUUGCCGAUUAUUGUACGGCGGCAGUACGGACUGGAGGACCAGGCCGAAAGGGCAUCUCUGCACUGAUGGUUCCGAUGAAGGCGAAAGGCGUUACGUGCAAGAAGAUGGAAAAUUCCGGCGUCAAUGCCAGCGGGUCCACAUAUAUCGAGUUUGACGACGUCGAGGUGCCCGUGUCGAAUCUGCUGGGGCAAGAAAAUCGAGGGUUCGAUAUCAUCAUGUCCAAUUUCAACCAUGAAAGACUGUGGCUCGCGUGCACAUCCCUGCGCAUGGCACGAGUCUGCGCCGAAGACUCCUACAGCCACGCGACCAAACGGGAAACGUUUGGAAAGCCGUUGAUCUCAAAUCAGGUCAUAGCAGCCAAGAUUGCCGGGUUUGCGCGCGAUAUCGAGCCCGUCCAUGCGUAUAUGGAAUCCCUGGUGUACAUGGUAGAGCACGAAAGGAAACGCAAAGCACUGCUUCGCCAGGGAGGUGCCGUCAUGGUAGGAUCCGGCGUGGAAGAAGCUCAGCAGGUCGACCUCAACAUCGGUGGGAUGAUCGCCACUCUGAAGACUAGUGCCGGCCGAGCAUUGGAGCGUGUCAACCGUGAAGCUCAACAGAUCAUGGGCGGUGCAGGCUAUCAGAGAGGUGGCAAAGGUGCCCGAAUCGAGCAGAUCAGCCGUGAUGUGCGCGUUAUGGUCGUUGGUGGAGGAAGUGAUGAGAUUCUCAGUGAUCUUGCAGUCAAAUUGGAGACAAAGGAGUUGCAGAGGAUUGCGUCUGUAAGGUCAAGCAAGCUCUGA